AAGUUUGGGAUGAGGGACAUUCACCAGGGAUUUGAGGAUGGAUGUGUGCUAGGUCAGGUACAUUACAGAAACUAGAUAAAGGCAUUAGCUAUUGGGAUGGGGUGGAAACCAUAAUGGUUAGACAACUAGUGUGCAGACAGUCUGAAUCUGAACUGCCUUAAUAGAGCAGAAGAGAAUGACAUUGACCUCUGGGAGGUUAACAGGAUGAGGGCAAAGCAGCCCCACUGGUGUUUGCUGGUUGGGUGGUGCUGAGACUGAUGAGGUGGUGGUUGCCAAGUAAGGUCUCUGUGGCAAGAAACUGGGGUCUUCUGCAUACAGUGCCUCAGUUUCUCAGUGUCAAGGUCUCAAGCUUUGCAGAUAAACUUUGGGCUUGCUGUCCUGGACGAUCACCUACCUAUCUGACAGCUUUGGAUGUGAGGUGUGGAGGGGUGGGUAGAGUGGGAGCAGAGCUUGCUUGAACAUGGGAUGGGGGUAUUGGGCCAUGCCCCAGGACUUGAGCCAUCACUGGCACAAAAGGAGUUAAUGCCAGGGACCGCGCCCCCCGUGUCCGGGCACGCGCAGCGCGCCCCCUCGGUGCGCGGGCACAGCAGCCAGGCUGCCGGAGAGCUGAUCUCGGGGAUUCGGGUGCGGAGCCCUUGGCCUGGAGGCGAUAUGGGUGGUCCGUGGCCGGGUUCAGUCGUUUGCAGCCGCCUGGGGAACAGGCCUGUCUGGCCCUAAGGGAGCCCUCUUUCGAAGUGGUGGUGCUUGGACGACCCGCUCUCUGCAUUGCCGGGCACCUGUAGGUGUCCCUCGAGAGCUCAGUUUUGAGGUUCAAGUCAGUGUGGCCAUGAAGGGGCUGCCUAUUGGGCUGAUGCUGUGACCCCGGAGUCUGCCUCUCCUGCCAGUACCCCUGCCCGGAACAUGUGGCUGCAGCUUGGCCUGCCCUCGCUGUCCCCGAGCCCCAGGCCCACAGUUGGCCGGAGUCUGUGCCUCAUACUGUGGUUCCUCAGUUUGGUGCUGAGGGCCAGCACCCAGGCCCCAGCACCCACAGUCAAUACUCACUUUGGGAAGCUAAGGGGUGCCAGAGUACCAUUGCCCAGUGAGAUCCUGGGUCCUGUGGACCAGUACCUGGGGGUACCCUACGCAGCUCCCCCAGUCGGCGAGAAACGUUUCCUGCCCCCUGAACCACCCCCAUCCUGGUCGGGCAUCCGGAACGCCACACACUUUCCCCCAGUGUGCCCCCAGAACAUCCACACAGCUGUGCCCGAAGUUAUGCUGCCAGUCUGGUUCACUGCCAACUUGGAUAUCGUCGCUACUUACAUCCAGGAGCCCAAUGAAGACUGCCUCUACUUGAAUGUCUAUGUGCCCACGGAAGAUGUAAAGCGGAUUUCCAAGGAAUGCGCCCGAAAGCCCAACAAGAAAAUUUGUAGGAAAGGAGGAUCCGGCGCUAAGAAACAGGGCGAGGACUUAGCGGAUAAUGACGGGGAUGAAGAUGAAGACAUUCGGGACAGUGGUGCUAAGCCUGUCAUGGUCUACAUCCACGGAGGUUCUUACAUGGAAGGGACAGGCAACAUGAUUGAUGGCAGCGUUCUUGCAAGUUAUGGCAACGUCAUCGUCAUCACCCUCAACUAUCGGGUCGGGGUGCUAGGUUUCCUGAGCACUGGAGAUCAGGCUGCCAAGGGCAACUAUGGGCUCCUUGACCAGAUCCAAGCCCUCCGCUGGGUGAGUGAGAAUAUUGCCUUCUUUGGAGGAGACCCUCGUCGAAUCACUGUCUUUGGCUCGGGCAUUGGUGCAUCCUGUGUCAGCCUCCUCACGCUGUCUCAUCAUUCUGAGGGUGAGUAGCUCUUGAGAUCCAAUAUAGAACAGUUUAUGCUGGUACACUUUUAGCUCCAGGUAUCUCAGG